AUGAGUCGGAUUUAUGAGUCUGAUCAUGCUAAAGAAUUUGAUGAUAUCAAAAAUGAAGAUUUAACUCCGUCAGAUCAAAAAGAUUCACCUGAGAAACUAUCAAAUAGUCACGAGGUACAGGAAGAAGAAAAUCGUCAGGUAUCUGACGAAAUUAUAAACCAGAAUAAUACUAGCAAACAAAAAAGUAUAAUAAACAAUAUUCUACACAUUAUAUCUUUUCCAUGGUAUAUGUUUAAGAUAUUUAUAAACUUAUUAUUUCGGGGGAAAUGGAAACUAAAAACUUUGCACUGUUUCGAAAACUUUUUCAUGUUAUAUUCAAGAUUUGUAUUCAGAAAUUCAAUUGUUAUAAUAUUAGUGAUAUCAAUAAUCUGCCUAUUGCUAGGUAUAGGUAAGUUUUGCAAAAAAAACCUACUUUUAGGCAGUAUAAACUAG